AGUUUCAACGCAGCCAUAAAAUGUAACAAUCAGCGUGACAUAAGCUUCUAGAAACCAUAGCUUGCAAAAACAAAUUGGCUUCGCAGAUUGCGCAUAAUUUCCCGUCAAUAAUUAAUAUCAUUGGGCGAAUGCCUGUGUGAUUAGGCUCUUAUAUGAAGUUGCUAGCUAUGGACCCCAUUGGACGUCUUGACGUGUAUUGGGUUUGAACCGAGUUGUUGCUAUUUAAAGAGAGAUAUUAUCGAAGGUGUAGUUUAGCUAGAGAAAAGGUUAAUGAAGCAUUGAGGGAUUAUUUUGAGAUCACUCCUGGAAGACGAUUCACUGAGAUGAAGCUUACAGAAGAUAUUUUCCAAUAGAAAACUUUUGGCACAAUAUAGAUCUUGAUUAUCCAUUUGCUUAGGAAUUUGAUAAAUUUAGGAACAACUUCAUUGAACUUUGACGUAAAGGAUAUAUACAGGCAUGGUACAAUUUUCUACUGCAUGCAUCUGUGAGAAAUGAACCACAUAAACGAGGAGUCGAGGGCAUUUAUUCAAAAAUGUGUUGAAAUCAGCAGAAGCAAAUGCCAUGUUCUGUAAAACUCACUAGAGCCACUGGCAAAAGAUUUCUGGAUUAAUUUAUCACUGAAAAAUUGUGGAUUUGUAAUUAAAAUGUUACUAGGAAUGCGUUAACUUUGGAAACUUUAUUAAGAAAAUUGGCAUUCGUCUUAUAUAUUCUACAGCCAGAAGGAAUUGACAUGUACCCAGAUGUAAAAAAUAUAAAUUAAUAAAUUAUGCAAAAAGUUCUAAGGAAUCUUUUUGACAGACAAGGAUAAUUACUUAUUAAAAAGGGAGGUAAAAUAACUGUUCACAUAGCCACAAGUCAGUAGUCAGCAGACCAAGAAUAGCAGGCAGUGGAGUCGGAGUUCAUGAGAUGGCCGUCAACACUUGACAAGGAUUUUGUAGAGAGGUUUUUGCACUAAAGGAGCAAAAAUGACCUCGUACCCAGGGGAACUAGGGGUGAUGUACCAAAAAUUUGUCACCCCUGGGCCAGACAACUUCCACCACAUUCGUAAACUGGACAUCCGGCUGCGAUCAAACAUCCCAGCCAGUCCUGCAUACAGCUACACCAGUCGGAGCAUAACAGAUCCACAGCCCUCAAAAUCGCACCGCAGGCGGAGCAAAACAGCCCCACACAAAUUGUCAGCAACUACGAGGAGCAGCGAGACAGAAUAUAUUCAAGAUAUUGUUGUCCCGUUGAACAUUGAUCAUCAUGAAGCAAAGAACCUAGAGAGAUCAGUGUCUUCUAACUCCUUCGGUUCUAGAAGUCAAGUGAAAAGGGUGCCUUUGCAUCACACAUCACAAGAAACGCUCCAGAACGGCCAGACAAGACUUCACUCCCCAAGAGAGACAAAAUCUCUCCCCAUUUUUGGUGAAAGGUAUAUGCGUUCUGGUCCAGGAUCGACUACUUCAGAGGACUCCCUGACACUUUAUGGGGCAUCCCCACAUCAAAGAAAAAGUUGGAAUUCUAGUCCACAGGCCAAACGUUUAGAGGCAGAACAAAGAUUUGUAGCAAAGUCCAGAAUGCUGAAGAGAACUUCUGAAGCCCAGGUUCACUCCCAUCGUGUGGACCGCAUGUAUUACAUGCAGGGACGUGCUUUGCACACUAAACACAAGUACGAUGUAGAUGAGGCAGAGCUACAACGAUUGCGCGAGCUGGCACGCGUACGAUCAAUGCAUUAUAAUAGAGCUCUGAGAGGCGACCACUACACACCUCACACAGGGGAGCAGACUACAGAGGCGGUACAACAGUCCUCAUCAGCUAGUGAUUUACCGAAGAUGACGGUGACAGGCAAACAUAUGGUAGCUGUCGACCAAACCUUUAUAACACAGGACUCCGGUCAUGAGCUUCAAGAUGGCAGCAGUCCGCCAAACAGGCCAAAUUCACCUUUAACUUCACGAAGUGGAGGCAUGGAGGAUGCUGCAGAAGAAGGGGCUGCACACGAAAGUGGACAAGAGGGUUUGGGAGGGGAAAAUGGUGACCAAGCUAUAUGUAAUGAACAAGGUGAAAAAAGUGACAAAAGCGAGUUUAAUGGGACAACAAAUGAAAGUGCUCAUGACGUUGAUCAGUCUGAAGUCACUCAAGAGGAAGCAUUAAAAAUUGAAAAUGAUUUGACAGAAAAAGUUGAUGUUGAAGGAGAGAAUGCUGCAGUCAAGGAGGAAAACUUGCAGGACGUUGUUCAAGAAGUAGAGCCAAAGGAGGACUCACAAAAUGCUGGAGAAAAAGAGAAUGAGGAAGAACAGGAUUCCUUGGGUUUAGAGAAUGGAGAACUACAGCAAAAUGAAACCGAUAAUUUGAUAUCUGAGGAACUAAGUGUUAAAAACACUGACAGUGAACCAGGGAAUAAGAGUUCUGGAGAAGUUGUUGAAGCAAAUGAGCCACAAAGUGGAAAUGAGGAAAGCCCCAAUAGUGAGAAGAGCAACAAAGAAGAACCAGGAACAGAAAGUGAAGCCCGCUCCCAAGUUGAGGAACCCGAAGACAACAACUUGAAUGCUCAGAGCCAGGAAACAGAACCAGAUGUAGCUGUGACGGAGUCAGUCAGAGAAAAAGAGGAACUGGUUUCAUCUGACGACUGAACUUAACAAAAAGAAAUGUUAUAUCUAGUGAAAGGAAAGCAAACAUUGUGAUGGUAUUGCAGGAGUACAUACAUUUAAACGGAGAGAGUAGGCAGUUUAGGUUCAACAUUCAGUACAUAUAGUAUAAAUUAAGGUGGUGACGAAGGUAUGAUUUUGGUUGUUGAUAUAUUUGGCUUGUAUAUUUAAGAUGAGUUUGUAAUGUAUAAAAUAUAAUUAAAUUGUAAUUGUACAUUGAAAAAGAUAAAGGGUUUCAUACAUUGAUUCCAUGAGCUGUGUGGUUCUGGUGGACGUAAAUGAUGCUCGUUUAUCAAGUAUGGAAAAAAUACAAAAUUAUUGUUUAGCUAAAUUGUUAUAUUUUAAAUUAUCAUUGGAUGCUUUGUACAUUUUGGACACAUGCUUUUUAGUUUUAAAACCUAGUAAGGAAUGGUGAAAUUUGUUUUUGGGGUAUGCAACAUUACAAUGGGCUCAAAUGAAACUUAUGGUAUACAUUAGAUCAUGUGAUGCACAUGCAAUUUUAUCCCAUUUAAGAAUGCAUUUUCUAGUCAUAGUAAAUAUUUCAUUUCAUUUUUUAUAACAUCAACAUUUUCAACACAAGAUAUGUUUUAGUCUGUGUCUGGAGCACAAUCAAAUGUCGUUUGGAAGUCACUCUUACACAGUCACCACAAUAUUUUUUUCAAUUUGCACUUCUAGUCUGUAUUUGUACAUAAAAGCCCACUCAUUUUAUGUAGGACAUUUGCAACUUAAAAAGCACAAUUCUCAAACCCUACACAACUGAUAAAACAAAGCAUUGUUUCUGUAUUCUAUCAUAGCAAAUUAUUUGAUCGAAGAAUUUAUUGAUGCUUGCAUUUUCUGUGGAUGUAUAAAGAUAUUUUAAGGCAAGUUUUAAAUAAUAUUAUACAUAAUUUGUGCAUUUUACAGAGUUAUCAACAAGAGCUUUUUACUGCUUGUGGAUAGUGGCCUCCUGGAGUAUAGAUGAGAAAAAUGUGGCUUAGAAUUUCUUCCUAUUGGAUAGUGACACAAAGAUAAAUUAUCGUUUCCAUUGUUAAAUAUAGCUACAACUUCCAAUUGCUUUCUAACUGUGAUAUACUACAACUGGAUUAAAGAUAAUGUAAUAACAUAUACAAAGUUUUAAUAGUCCAUUGUGAUUUUCAGAGAUGAGUUUUUUUUCCGCGGGAACGCGGAAUUUCGCGUUUUUUUAUUUCAAUUCUGAUGGUUCCUGAGAUUCGUCAAGAUCUGUAAUA